AUGAUGAAUUCACCGUUAUUAACAAGACAAUCUUUCAGCGGUGUAAGUAAUAAUAGACCAAGUAUGGCAAGAAAGAAUUCUGCAAAUUUAAAAAUUGAUACAACUGAUUCAAAUAUAAAUUGGAAUUAUGAACCAAAAAGAAUAUGGGUUAAGAAAUUAGGUGGUCAACCAACUACAUUAUUAGCUUCAUCAAAUGAUUUGAUAGAUGAUUUAAAACUAGCUAUAAUUAAUAAAUAUCCAAAUAGUAUUGGUAGAUUUGAUGAUGCUGCUGAUUUACUGUUAAAAAUUGAUUUAUCAACUUUAAAAAGUCCAAUAUCUCCAAUUAAAGGUCAAGAAACUGUUUAUCUAGAACCAGAUCAAAGUGUUUGGUUUAUAUUAGAUCAUUAUUAUCCACAAGGAAUGUCAAUGCAUGAAGCAAUGAUUAUAGAAACCAAUUUAACAAGUUCAGCAAAAUCUGAAAUUAAACUGCCACAACCAAUACUGAUAAAUGAUAGAUUUAAACAAAAACUACAACCACAUCCUAAAUAUAAUAAAGACCGAUCAAUAUCACCUACUAAUUUAGUAAGUUCAAAAAAUUCACCGAUACAUAGAAGAUCAAUCUCAAAUCCAAUAGUACUGCCAUCUACUCAAAUGGCUAAUAAUCCACUGGCUGUUUUAUUAUUACCAAAAAACUUCUCACUAAAUAAUAAUGUAGCAACCCCAAAGAAAAUGUCAAUAACAGAAACUGAAAAGGAAACAUUGAAUAACGAAAUAAACAAAGUACAACAAGAAAAACCAGAAGAAAUUAAGCAACCACCGAAAAAAGAAGCAGAUACUAAAGAUAAAGUACUACCGUCAAUUUCAGUUUUAGUAGUGGAAGAUAAUGCAAUUAAUCAAGCAAUUUUAGGAGCUUUUUUAAGGAAAAGAAAAAUUCAUUAUCAAAUUGCAAAAAAUGGACAAGAAGCCAUAGAUAAAUGGAAAAAAGGUGGAUUUCAUUUAGUUUUAAUGGAUAUUCAAUUACCCGUUAAAUCUGGGAUUGAAGCAACGAAAGAAAUUAGACAUUUGGAGAAAUUGAAUAAAAUUGGUGUUUUUGAUGAAUCAGAGCUAAAGCAAGAUCAAGAUUUACAGAAUGAAGAUAAACUAGAUUCAAAAGUUUUUAAUAGUCCAGUUAUAAUAGUUGCUUUAACUGCUUCUUCAAAUAAUUCACUUGACAGAAAAAAUGCAUUAACUGCUGGUUGUAAUGAUUAUUUAACAAAACCUGUUAAUUUAGUUUGGUUACAAAAUAAAAUAACGGAAUGGGGAUGUAUGCAAGCAUUGAUUAAUUUUGAUAAUUGGAAAAAGAAUGACAGUAGGUUAAAUAAAACUAAAUAA